AUGCCAGUACCAGAGCAUUAUAAAAAUGAAUUCUUGACUGGUCAUUUCGGAUAUACACCUUUAGCUUUAGUUGAUGAUUACGUCAAUCACUUUAAUGAACCUGUUGGUCAGAUCAUGGACGCGAUUGAAGAUUUCUUCGUAGCUAUACUAGCUGAACAGGGGCUGGAUAUUGAUAGUGAUGGUAAAUUUCAAAAUCAAAUUCGUCAAGGUAUACAUAGACUACAGACCUUGUUGGAACACCUGAUUGAUAAGAAUGUCGACAAAAUGGAGAUCUAUUUGUUGAGGAAUAUACUUACCAUACCGGAUGAAUUGGAGUGUAUACCAACUGCUUUCUUACCUCAGUAUUGUGAUUUGGAAAUACCUUCAGACCUACCGCAAUCGGAAGAAGAAGAGCAAGCUGAGAUAGAUCAGUUGAACGCGAAAAGAAAGGAAUUACAACAGCGGCAGUUGGAAAAACUCAACCGUAAACUCCGCUCAGAGUGCAGACAAAAGGAAAAUGCAAUAGAGAAGCAAAGGAGAGAGGCGAAAGAACGUGAAACUAUAAUCGAGAAUAUAACAACGCUGGCAGAUAAGCAUAUAACACUCACAGCGAAUCUGAAAAGCCUUCAUAAUAACUUAAUUGCUUUGAAAGAAGUGGAUCCAUUCCAGGUUACCCUCCCUAAUACGAAAUCUGGUGAUGACCUGGCUAUUUGGCAAAUAGGCAGAAUUGGUUAUAUUAACUGGCAAUCUAAUCGCCUGAUCAAGGAUGAAAGCGUUUCAAAGAUUACCUCAGAGUUCAACUCUAUUGCUAAUAUAGACGACUUGAAUAGCUUUAGAUAG